AUGCCUGGUCAUCUCCGGGUUGUUAGACCUUCUCCUACCACUGUUAGCUUCACUGUCUCGAAUGCUCCUAAUCGCUCUAGCUCCCCCGCGAAGAUCCUCUUCACCUUUCAGAUCCUCUUACGCGCCGUUUUAUUCUGCUGUGUGAUAAUUGUCGGUGUCGCGCGGCUUCGUCUCGUCUUUUUCGUAAGAGAGGGCCGAUUUAUCGACUGGCAGAAUGUGUGGUCAAGUCCCCUGGGGUCUUAUGUUUGCCAACACGUCGAUCCAUACAAUCCGUACGUGCUUAUGGUGGUAGGCGCAUUAGUGAUCUAUGGGGUUUUCAGGAGAAACUACACUGAGGAAUCACUACUUGUGAUUCGUGGUUUCGGAAUCCAAACUUCGACCUCGUCCUCUACCUAUCUUUCUACGGCUUCAACAAGGUUCAUACCUACCACACAAAUUCAAGAUAUUGUCAUCCAUGAAGCUUUCAAAGGCUUCGAGGUGCGUUUCUACCUCGCGGUCAUUGUAGAAGGCGAGCCGAACGUUUUGGUGGUGUUUCCUGUUUGUUUCCCUAUCGCUAUGGACCAUAUUGGAACACUGUUACCUAAUCGAGAAAUUCUUGAAGAGAUAUGGAGAGGCUCCCGACGCUGCCUGUAUGAUGUGAAGUCAUGA